CCUCUUCUCCGUCCUGAGUUGGCCCCCUCCUAAACCAUAAUCUCUCUUUACUCUCUCUCUCUCUCUCUCUCUUCAAGCUUUCUCUCUCUACACAAAAUUAAAAACCUUUAUUUAUUAUUUUUCAUAUGUUUUCAAUACAUGCUUAACGUGAUUGAACCGAUACGCUCCCUUUAAUCAAUUCUUUCUCUCUCUAAAGUCAACAUGCACAAAUCUCACUUGAUCAUCAAUUUCUUUAUAUGAACAACAAUUCAUCCAUCAAUCUUUAGCAAAGUUCUAAACUUUUUCAUCAACUGUUGCAAGAAACAUGAAGAACAACGAAGAACAAUCUCGAUCUCUCUUUGGCAUUUCCCUAUCCGAUCGACCAAAAUGGCAGCAAUUUCUCAUCUGUUCUUCAGGGUUUUUCUUUGGGUAUCUUGUUAAUGGUGUUUGUGAGGAAUAUGUAUAUAAUAGGCUCAAAUUCAGUUACGGCUGGUAUUUUACAUUCAUUCAAGGAUGGGUCUACCUCGCGUUGAUUUAUUUGCAAGGGUUCACCACAAAACAAAUGGUGAACCCAUGGAAGACGUACGUUAAGCUCUCAGCGGUUCUUAUGGGUUCUCACGGUCUCACCAAAGGGUCUUUAGCUUUCCUAAAUUACCCUGCUCAACUCAUGUUUAAAUCCACCAAGGUUCUUCCGGUGAUGAUCAUGGGAGCGUUUAUUCCAGGGUUAAGACGAAAAUACCCUCCUCAUGAGUACGUUUCUGCGUUACUAUUAGUUGUUGGUUUGAUACUAUUCACGCUUGCGGAUGCAAAUACUUCCCCAAAUUUUAGCAUUCUUGGUGUUGUCAUGGUUUCUGGCGCUUUGAUCAUGGAUUCGUUUCUUGGGAAUUUUCAAGAAGCUAUAUUUACCAUGAAUCCCGAUACGACACAGAUGGAGAUGCUAUUUUGCUCGACUGUUGUGGGUUUGCCUUUUCUGAUUCCUCCAAUGCUUUUGACCGGCGAAUUAUUCAAAGCGUGGAGUUCUUGCUCUCAGCACCCUUAUGUGUAUGGUGUCCUAGUGUUUGAAGCAAUGGCAACGUUUAUCGGUCAAGUCUCGGUUCUUUCCCUAAUUGCCCUAUUCGGAGCCGCCACCACUGCAAUGAUAACGACAGCCAGAAAGGCGGUGACUUUGUUGCUAUCAUACUUGAUAUUCACAAAGCCAUUGACAGAGCAACACGGGACGGGUUUGAUCUUGAUCUCCAUGGGAAUCAUUUUGAAGAUGAUACCCGAGAACAAACCGGCUCCAAGAAUGGUUCCGAAGAUGAAAGAGUUGCCGUUGGCUAGAGACGAAAACCGACGAAAUGAAGAGGAAGAAAGGAGACCUUUGGUUUGAUCAUAUAAUAAUGUUUAUUUAUUUACUUGGUUUUUUUUUGUGUUUGGGUAAAGAAAGAUGCCUAGGAAAAUUUAUUCAGUUUGCUGCCUUCUUUUGAGGUGGUUUGUGGACAUGGACAAUAAUUGAAGGAUAAAUUAAUUUACAAGUUACAAGCCCACAUCAAUAAUCAAUAAUAAUUUAUCUA